AUGGACUUAGACGACUUGGAUGAAGCGCCGAUCAAGGCCACUUCUCGAGUCUCCAAGUUCGCGCCAAAAUCAUCGAAGCUCAAACCUAAACCGAAAGGGGAACCUGUCCCCAAACCUGAACCCCAAUCCCAGCCCGAACCAUCCAUCUCCAAAUCAGAGCCUCAGGAAUUCGUUGCAAAUAUAAAAAAGAACGAAGAUGGCGAGGAAACAGUUCCAACAACUCAUAUAAAGCAUGAACUGAACACCACUGUUCCAAUGGAAACGGAACCCAAGUCUGAACACGAAGGCAAAGAAGAACCAGGACGAGACGAUCCCAUGGACGAAGAUAAUCUCGAAGAUACAGUUGUGCGCGAAAUUGACGUUUUCUUCUCACCUUCUGUCGAUGCUGAGACUAAGGUAAGGUUGAAACCUGAGAGUUCAGAGGUGGAGCUUGAUUUAUCCAUUGAUCUCGAGUCGAGUAAUAUAGACACAGAGUUUGCCAGCAAAUACAACAUCACGAAGCAGACUUAUGCAACUUCGUGGAAGCCAUCUCGUGCUGAUGGACGAGCUGCAACUGCUACUGGGCUUCUUAUGGGAAAUAAGCUCCGACCAAAAUUACAACAUCUUAACUCUGGUGGUUCAAAAAGGAAGAGUGUUGUCUCUGCUGGAGCAAAUGCUACUGUCAAAAUUGAGGGCUCAAAUGAAGAAAAAUCUGCUGCUACGUCAAAGCAGAAUAAGCAGACUGAACCUUCUGUUAUUGAGCAAAAGAAUGAUGGUGAUGAGUUAGCCUUGGUAUGGAUUAUUCCUGUCUCUACUGUGCAUCUGUCUGCCUCUUCAUGGUUGAGUUUCAAUACCAAGUCCAUCGCUCCUCAGACUCGGCCCGUCUAUUACUUCCAUAUGGAAGUUAUGACCAGACCAUGUAGACUUGUUGCUGGGAAAUCUGCCUCGUCUGUUCUGAGGGUCACCUUUCCCUUCUUCUUGUACUGGCUUCCUCUUAAGUACCACAGUUGCAAGAGUGAUAUCUCCUCUGGAUAUUUGCAGCAAAUGGUGACACAAGAAAGUUCUCCUAUAAACUUCACAAUGAAAGCGUAUGAUUAUGUUACUGCACUGUGUCCUGGAGGGACUAGCAACAAUUUACCGAAGGGUCCAUCCAAAAGGGAUCUACUAUCAUUACCUGUGGAAGAGCGACUUAAGAAAAUGCUUGAGAAAUAUCCACCACAACGUUUCAGUGCGUUAAAGCACUUUGCUCCUGAAUACUCUGAGGAGGAACUUCUACAGUUCCUGCAGCAACAUGCAAUAUUGUUGUGGGGACUAUGGACUGCAAAAAGUUCAUUACUAUUUCCUAAUGGUGGAGCUGAAUCUUUGGCCAGAGAUUAUGUCCUACUACUGUUUAGCAAGAAUUUGAAAGUUCAUUCUUCUGAUUUUAAUGUUCGAGGUGAACUUACUACUCAUGUGAAGGACUUCCUGAAGCUAUUUGGCUUGGAAACCAGUGAUAUUGAUAAAUCUGCUGGACAACCAAACCCUUACUGGAAAUUCAAACAGCAUCCAGACGAGUCAUUCAAAAAACUCUAUCCAGAUAUUGUUGAGAAACAGGAAAACCUUUUCAAAAGUUUGGAACAACAUUUACCUGGUAUUGUUUCUAAUGUUGGAAAACGGAAACUUGGUAAAAGAGCUGUAGCAAACCAAGGUGUAAACAGUGAGCCUCUUAAAUCAGAAAGUUCUGAUCAACGGGUAACAAGUCUGGGGGGAGUGUCUACUGGGAAAAUGACCAUGUCAAAUGAAACCCGUCAUGCUCUGCCAAUUGCCCUCAAGAAGCUAUUUCAGACUCACAAAGUUUGCAGUUUCAAAGUGAUAUGCCAAGGAUUGCGUGAAAUGGCAGUUUCCAAAGCUAUGCUUUCGAAAGGAGAUUCUAAAAUUGCUGUGGAUGCGGCUCACAGUCUUGAUGGUCCACAGAAUGAGUUAAUGGCAGUCAUAAGUGAAGUUGCAUGUGAAAUUCAUGGUUCUUAUGUGUUGAAAUCAUCACAAGAUGAUCCGUUCAGAGAUGUUGUAAUUGAUAUGCUUCGUGGAAGUGGACCCAACGCAAAGCUGAAGAAGGCUGAGAUACUUGAAGCUGCAAGGAGAAAACUUGGCAGGGAGGUCCCUAACAAUGAAUAUAACAAGGUAAUGAGUGAGUUAUGCGUCUCAAAAGGUUCUGUUUGGGUCUUGAGAAGCGGUGACGGUAUUAACCAAUGA